CACUGAUCUGAUCCAGAGGUCCUUCUCAGCCGUUCCUGCUCACGAUGAACGCAAACCCACCCGUCCAGACGUAUGUCAUCACCGGCGGGGGCGGAUAUUUCGGAUUUCGGCUCGCUCGUGCGCUCCAUAAGAAGUCCUCCAGGGUGGUCCUGUUUGAUGUUCGCCCCCCCGAGGUGUUACCCGAGGGUGUAGAGUUCAUCUGGGGCGACGUUCGGGAUUACACCCAGGUGGCGGACGCGCUGCGCGGGGCGGACUGCGUGUUCCACGUCGCCUCGUACGGCAUGUCCGGCAGGGAGCAGCUCAACAGGAAGCUGACCGAGGAGGUGAACGUCCAGGGAACGGAGAACGUCGUCCGGGCCUGCGUGGAUCUCGGGGUUCCUCGUCUGGUCUACACCAGCACCUUCAACGUGGUGUUCGGUGGGCAGGUCAUCGAGAACGGCGACGAGAGUCUCCCCUACCUGCCCUUACACCUCCAUCCAGACCACUACUCCAAAACCAAGUCGGUGGCCGAAAUGCGCGUACUGAAAGCGAACGGAUCGCCGCUGGCGGGAGGGCGUGGCGUCCUGCGCACUUGUGCCCUUCGUCCGGCGGGGAUCUACGGUCCGGGAGAGCAAAGACAUCUUCCGAGAAUCGUCCGGAUGAUCGAGCGCGGCCUCUUUAAAUUCGUUUACGGCGAUCCGGACAGUCUGGUGGAGUUCGUUCACAUCGACAACCUCGUCUCUGCGCACGUGUUAGCCGCCGAGGCUCUGACGGAGGGACGCCAGCACCGCGCCGCCGGACAGGCCUACUUCAUCUCCGACGGCCGACCCGUGAACAAUUUCGAGUUCUUCAGGCCCUUGGUGGAAGGUUUGGGUUACUCCUUCCCUCACCUACGGCUCCCUGUAUCUCUCAUCUACUUCUUCGCGUUCCUCACCGAGAUGGUUCACCGCGUCGUCGGGCGCGUCUACGACUUCCAGCCUCUGCUGACACGCGCCGAGGUUUACAAGACGGGCGUGACGCACUAUUUCAGCAUGGACAAGGCUCGAGCGGAGCUGGGAUACGACCCUAAAGAGUACGAUCUGGAGGAGGUGGUGGAGUGGUUCAGGAGUCGAGGGCACGGCAGGAAGAGAGUCGACUCGGCGAACAAAAGAUUCGUUCUUGAUGUUGUGUUGCUCUUUUUAUUUGUGGCAGUGAUCCUCUCAUUCCUGCCCGUCGUGGGUCACUAAAGAUUCCAGUGUGACCAUUAGGGAUUGGGAAUGGGCCGGACUGGGUGGUACGAUGAUGCUCUAUAUGGACGGAAGUAUUGGGAGACUUGACCACGAGCUUGUCGGACAUCUCACUCCAAAACCGUUUAUAUUGUUACUGCAUUUUAACAAAAUGUCCCAACUGUUCCUGAAAUGGGGUUUGUUGUUCUCGUGUUUUUAAUAAAGUGACCGGUGAGUGGCCGCACAUAUCCACAUCUACCACUAGAU